AUGGUUUGCUUAGCCGAUUUACCCCACGAAGCAUUGCAGAAAGUAUUUCUUCUUAUCAAUCAGCACCAAACAUUGGCUCUUGCGGCUUUACAUUCCAAAUUCUAUUUCGUUGCAAUACCCAAAUUGUAUCAGAAUAUCUAUGUAUACGAAGAGUGGACACUGAAGAAAGAAGAACAAGAGGAAGAAGAGGAUCAUGAAACGGGUGAAGAUGUCGAUGAGGAGAAGAUGGAAGAGGAGAAGACGGAAGAGGACAGUAUCAGCUUCAAAUUUCAUAAAAAUAUUAAUACUCCAAAAACAAACCGAUAUACCAUAGUUUCAAGAAACGUUUUGGAGAGAUACUUAGACCAGAUGAGUAAAGAUGAAGUAGUAUGCCACAUUAUCAUAUAUCAAUACAAUGACAGUCUUCUGAAACGCAUUGUUAAUCACUUCAAAACAAUUCGGGUAUUUGAAGUAAUUCUGUCAUUCAAAGUUUACAAAUCAAGGUACAGCUAUGAAGAAGGAAUGCGUGAGUUUAUGCUUGAUGAUUUGAAAACGAUUAAUCCAACGUGCAAUACCGAGUUUGUUCCAUCACCUUUUUAUUAUAGAGAUCCAUGCCCCAUACCACUGGGCAUAAAAACAACGCUCAGUUUUAACUUCUACCCUCGUGAAGACAGUCUUUCAAAUGUUCUUAAAGAGUAUCCAUUUCUUACGUGUUUGACGUUGUUUACCAUUUGGCUUCACGGAUCCCCGAUUUUAGAUGAUCCAAGCUUCUAUAAAUUGCUUAAGUUGCAGAAAUUGCAUUUUCACCUGAUGAUUUAUACGACUGUUUGCGCCAGAAUAACCGAAGCUUUCGAUACCUCUUUGCUUCAGGAGUUGUCCCUUGCGGGAAAUAUACUUUUUCAUGAUGUCUUUUCAAAUCAUCAUUUGGAGAAAGAAUUUCCCUUGCUCGUGCAACUCUGUUUGAGGCAUGAAGGAGACGCCGAAAACCAUAUUGACAAGAUCCAAAAGCUCGAGCAAUAUAGUCACAGAAGCCUAUCCAUGCUAAUUGUAACCACCAAAUGUGGCGACAAAAUGGCUGCAAAAACAAUGGGGAAACUACAACAUAAUUUCCCCAACGCCUCUAUUAAUUGGUGGUACGAGCCCAGGCUUUUUGUGUAUGGAUAUUUAGGGGAAAAUGAUUCCCGAGUUGACUCUGCAUUCACUCACGACAUAAAUAUGCUUAGUCCUCAGCUACCGUUCGGAAUUGUGGGUUACCAUUUUCCCGAGCUGUACGACAUUAUUAAUACUUGGUAUUUGAGGAAGCCUAAAUUUCGUCUGGAUCCAAAACCAAAUUUUCAGUUUAUAAGGAAACGUUUUAGUGACUCGGAGUUGCAAGACCAGUCCCUUUCAUUCUUGCGAAAAUUCUACACCGACUUAGAGUUGAGAGCUAUAUAUGGUCAGUUUAGGGACGUCCAUUGCCCACACCUCCACGCCGAAUUGAAAAGGCUCAAAUUAAUAACGUAG